AUGGAAAUUAUUGACACAUUUAUGUUCUUCUGUUUGUGCUCAUGGAGUCUGGCUGGUGUGUUUGGUGUUGAUGCAGUGCAGUCAGUAUCAGUGACGAAGGGAGAUUCUGUUACUCUAAAUGCGACUGAUAUACAGCCGAAUGAUGAGAUCGAGUGGCGGUUUGGACAAAUUCUCAUUGCUGAAAUCAACAUAAAGAUCAAAAUGAGCAUUUUUCAUAAUGAUAGUGCUGAUGGGAGAUUCAGAGGCAGACUGAAGCUGGACAAUGAGACUGGAUCUCUGAGCAUCACAAACACCAGAACCACAGACUCUGGACUUUAUAAAGUAUGCAGCAGCAGAUUAGAGACACCGCUCAACACAUUCAAUCUUUCUGUCUAUGCUCAUCUGCCUGUUCCUGUCAUCAGCAGUAACUCUUCACAAUGUUCUUCAUCAUCAUCAUCAUCUUCAUCACAGCAGAAUUGUUCACUGCUGUGUUCAGUGGUGAAUGUGAGUCAUGUGACUCUCUCCUGGUACAAAGGAAACAGUUUAUUGUCCAGCAUCAGUGUGUCUGAUCUCAGCAUCAGUCUCUCCACUCUGGAGGUGGAAUAUCAGGAUAACAACACCUACAGCUGUGUGCUCAACAAUCCCAUCAGCAACCAGACCAAACAUCUGGCCAUUACUCAACUCUGUCAGACAUGUUCAGGCUACUGUCACUGUUGUGGUUUUACUGAAGCUGUGAUCCGAUUGGCUCUCUCUGCUCUGGUGGGCGUGGCUGCUGUUGCUGUGCUGGUUUAUGACAUCAGAUCCAGAAGUCUUCAGAAGAGAGAGCAGAAGUCACCAUCAGACAAUGAUUAAUCAGAUUUGCAGGAAGGCAGAGAUGAUUUUGAA